GACAAGAUGGCGGCCUCCAUAGCGCGGCGUCUGCUGCAUGAGCGGCGGAGAGGCGCCGCCGGGGCGGUUCUUCUCUGGAGCCUCUUCUGCCCCUUCCUGGGAGCUCAGGGCAGCGGCGCCGAGUGGAACUCGCUCAACGAUGACCUCUUAAUGCCAUACUCGCCUCCAAACUACGGAUUGCGGCACCGCCAUCGCUCCCUCCGAGAUUGCCAAGCUCUCCUGCACGGCAACACGACGCACGUCUCCUGGCGCAGUGACAAUAGCAGCCUUUCCCCGCCCGCCGUCACUCGUGGGUUUGUUUCAUACAUCCCUCCCGAGGGCCGCGACCGGCGCCCCGUGUACGGCCACAUCACGGUAGCGGCCGACCCUCUGCGGACGUUCUCGGUGCUGGAGCCCGGCGGGCCGGGGGGCUGCCCUUCCCACAACCGAGCCACGGUGGAAGAGACGGCCAGACGUGGCAAGUGCCUGGUGGCUCAGAACGGGGGCUACUUUAACACAGACACCGGGAAGUGCCUUGGGAAUGUCAUCAGCGACGGGCGGCUGGUGCAGACCUCUGGAGGGGUGCAAAAUGCGCAGUUUGGCAUCCGGAAGGAUGGGACCCUGGUUUUUGGUGGACAGACAGAGAGUAGGGGCGUCAAUCUCUGGGAGAUGGCCGAGUUCCUGAAGAAGCAAGACGUUGUCAACGCCAUCAACCUGGACGGCGGAGGGUCGGCCACCCUGGUCUUAAACGGAACGCUUGUGAGCUACCCUUCCGAUCACUGUGCCUUUAACGCCAUGUGGCGCUGCCCUCGGUCGGUUUCAACCAUCCUCUGCGUCCACGAGCCACUCUGCGAACCCCCCGACUGCGGCGGCCACGGGCGGUGUGAGCGCGGGCGGUGCCGUUGCGAGGGGCCUUUCUGGAGAGGAGCAGCCUGCGACGUCUUGGACUGCGGCCCUUCCAACUGCAGCUUGCACGGAAUCUGCACGGAAGAGGGUUGCGUCUGCGAUGCUGGCUGGACGGGGUCCGACUGCAGCGAAGUCUGCCCCAACGGGACUUACGGCGACGGAUGUGCCCACAGAUGCUUGUGUCUCAACGCCGGCCGGUGUGACCCCGUCCACGGAUCCUGCGCCUGCCCAGACGGGUACCGGGGCCCCCUCUGUGAGGAAGCGUGCCCUUUGGGGUGGUACGGACCGGGCUGCCUGCGUGCCUGCCGGUGCCCGAACCAAUGCCCUUGCGAUCGGAGGACGGGCAGCUGCAACGCGUCUUCUGAAUCCCCCCGGAUGGUGGAACUCGCCAAAGCUGGGCAGUGUCUCUUGGGAACGGAGCGUGACCAGGAACACUUUCUUGCAGGGAAGGUGUGGCUCGGCAUAACCUCAGUCCUGUUGUUGCUCAGCGCCGCCCUGAACCUGAAGCACUUUUUCUGCCAGCCCACCGGGCGAGGUGACCGUGGGACAUACACCUACCACCCGCUGCAAGAAAUGAACGGAGAGCCCGCGCACAGCUGCCCCUCUGCCGCUUGGGAGAAGGAAGAGGAGGGGGGAGAUCCCUGAGACCCAACAUCUGUAGAAGAGGUUGUCCAUUCCUGAGAAGAAGCCAAGGAGAAACCCCAACGGCCUUCAACAGCAAAAAAAAAAUCUUCCAAAGACCUCCUUGUUCCUUAAGGUCAAAACCCAGCGGCUGUUUGCACCGCCCUCUCCUUGCUUCAGGUACGUCUUUCUUGCAAGAAAGGGGGCCCGGGUCCUCCUGGGACUGCAGCCCUGCGGUUUUCUAUUUAGAACCGUUAACGAUUUUGCAAACAUCCGGGUGGUUCUCGAGCGUCGUUCCCCCCUCCGUGCUGUGAAAAGGGGAGCCAAGCAGCAUCCUGGAGCUGAAACAGGCACCUCCCGAAUUUCCAAGGAAGCAAUUUUUCCAUCCCUUAGUUCUUCUAUAAGAGAGGGAGGUUCUGACGGCAAUUCAGAAAGUUGAUGAGACCAAUUCAUGGGAGAGAAAGCUACCGAGAUGACUCGUCAUCCUGUUGCGUCAGGGUCGUGAAUUCCACGAGAUUUAGGCCCACGGGGAUCAUCCGGUGAGGCGACGCCUCCAUCGGUUCCACUGAUUCAAAUGAGCCUACGCUACGGGUGACUCGCUCUGCUGAGCAACAGGAUUUGGGCCAAUCCUGGGGCCGACAGAGGAGUUGGCUCACUGGAUCCCCACCGAUUCCGCAGGCCCAGCUAAGCAACAGGAUUGCAGCCAUGGUUUGGCCCAAGGGGAAGCAUUUUUCAUACAGAACGUAUUUCUGCAUUUAGCACGUGCUAGACAGAACUGCAAACCUAUCUCAGGGACCUUCUCCUAAAAUGGCAGUUUAAAACAUUAGGUUGGAAAGCUCACACAUGUGCACCUUUUUUUAUAAAACCAUGUUUAGCAACUGACGGGACAGUUUAGCUUGCACUAUAGCUGCGCACCAGAUCUCUGAUGUACAGCUGCACGGAGCUACAUUGGGAGCCUCCACUAAGUCUUCUUAAUGCAGACCUAAUUCUUAAAUGUAAUUUAGUUUUUUUUAAAAGCAGAGGCCGGUGCGCUGCAGUAGCAAAGGGUGGAACAGGAUUAUUCAAGAUCCUGUACAGCUCUGUGGCUCCCUGAACGAUCCCUGGGUCGUGUGGGCCCUUUUUUGGAUGUCGCAGAAUAAUGACCACUGCUUUGGAAUACAGUAUGUAGUAGAACCGCUGUAGCUACGGGGGAUCGGUUCCAAGGGUCUCCGCUGUAGAUGCCGAAAAAUACAGAUGUAUUGAAGGCUAUACAUGGUGUGGUCUCUGCAUCACUUCAGAGGCCAGUUUUGAAAAAUACAUCCCUGGAAAUACAUUAAAUAUGUAUUUCUGCAUUUUUUUUAUUUAGUAUUUUCAGAGAGCGGAUAAAUAAAUCAGCGGAUACCGAUCCCGCGGAUAGGGAGUCCUGCUGUAUAAAGCAAAGGGCUUUGAACUAACUAAUGGUUUCCAUUUUUUUAGUCAUUAGAGGGAAACUAUGGUACAGGUGAAGUGGGAAGAGCAGGUGAGAGAGUGGGUCACCUUUUGAGUACCUUAUUUUAAAGUCGAAUUGCCUGAGCCAGAAUAUCCAGAUCGUUUCUUGUCCUGCACUUUACCUCUUUUCGUACCGAUUCUGCUCGAAAGCCACCGGGAGUCCGUGCUGACCUCUGCCACGUGCAGAUAUUUAAAUCUAUUUUUAUUAUCUCCAGAGAGGAAUGAAAAACUUGAAAAUACUUGGCACUCAUAAUUUAUGUGCAAAUACUGUGUUUUAUAAAAUAAAU